AUUGUCAAUUCAAACAAAUUAUACUAUAACCUCUUCAUUAUAAAUAAACCGGUGCAAUUAGUGCUAUUAUAAUAUAAAAAUUAACAAUUACCAUUUACAAUCAUUGAUCUAAAACGUAGAAUGGAUUUUACUUUCCUUUCAGGGUUAGGAUGCGGGAUUUGUAUUGGAAUUUCAUUAUUUGCACUUAGGAAAUACUUAGGCUUCGUAACAAAUUCUGUAAAAGCCGUGAAACAGUUUGCAUCAGACUCUGAAUACAAACUUGUUCUAGUGGUAAGAACAGAUUUAAACAUGGGCAAAGGUAAAAUAGCUGCACAGUGCAGUCAUGCAGCUGUUGGUGCAUUUGAAAAGGCCCAAAAGAAAGAUCCCGAAAGUCUUAAAAUCUGGCAGAGCACUGGCCAAGCAAAGAUAGCACUAAAAACUGAUUCCUUAGAAGAAAUUAAACAGAUAAAUGAUAAUGCAAAGAAAUUGGGUCUGAUAACAUCCAUGAUUAGAGAUGCAGGAAGGACCCAGAUAGCUGCAAACUCCAUCACAGUACUAGGAGUCGGCCCCGCGCCUAAAGAUAUUAUUGAUAAAGUGACAGGACACUUGAAACUACUCUAACAUUGUUCUAUAUGAGAAUUCCUCCAAUUACAUUUAUAUGUGAAUAUAAGAAACUAAUCAUUUUUAUUUGAAUAAAGUGAUUUUUAUUUAA